AUGCGUGAGAUCCUGCAUAUUCAGGGCGGCCAAUGCGGAAACCAAAUAGGCGCCAAGUUCUGGGAGGUCGUCUGCGCGGAGCACGGCAUAGACUCCACCGGGCGGUACAGCGGCGACAAUGACCUGCAGCUGGAGCGCGUCAACGUUUACUACAAUGAGGCGAGCUGCGGAAGGUUUGUUCCUCGCGCCGUGCUCAUGGAUUUGGAGCCCGGGACGAUGGACAGUGUCAGAUCCGGGCCGUACGGGCAGAUUUUCCGGCCGGACAACUUCGUCUUCGGGCAGUCCGGGGCCGGGAACAACUGGGCGAAGGGGCACUAUACGGAAGGGGCGGAGUUGAUAGAUUCGGUCCUCGAUGUCGUGAGGAAGGAGGCAGAGAACUGCGAUUGCCUGCAAGGUUUUCAAGUCUGCCACUCUUUGGGAGGUGGGACUGGAUCUGGCAUGGGAACUCUUCUGAUUUCUAAGAUCAGGGAAGAGUAUCCGGACCGCAUGAUGCUCACCUUCUCCGUCUUCCCGUCCCCUAAGGUUUCAGACACUGUUGUUGAGCCCUACAAUGCUACCCUGUCUGUUCACCAGCUUGUUGAGAAUGCCGAUGAGUGCAUGGUAUUGGACAAUGAAGCUCUCUACGACAUUUGCUUCCGGACCCUUAAGCUCACCACUCCUAGCUUUGGGGACCUAAACCACCUGAUCUCUGCCACCAUGAGUGGUGUCACCUGCUGCCUCCGCUUCCCGGGCCAGCUCAACUCCGACCUCCGGAAGCUCGCAGUCAACCUCAUCCCCUUCCCCCGCCUACACUUCUUCAUGGUUGGGUUUGCACCCCUCACAUCCCGUGGUUCUCAGCAGUACCGAGCCCUGACCGUUCCUGAGCUCACCCAGCAGAUGUGGGAUGCAAAGAACAUGAUGUGCGCUGCUGACCCCCGUCACGGCCGCUACCUGACUGCCUCUGCUAUGUUCCGGGGUAAGAUGAGCACCAAAGAGGUGGAUGAGCAGAUGAUCAACGUCCAGAACAAGAACUCGUCCUACUUUGUUGAGUGGAUUCCGAACAAUGUGAAGUCGACUGUGUGUGAUAUUCCCCCGACUGGGCUGAAGAUGGCAUCGACCUUCAUUGGGAACUCGACUUCCAUUCAGGAGAUGUUUAGGAGGGUGAGCGAGCAAUUUACAGCCAUGUUCAGGCGCAAGGCUUUCUUGCACUGGUACACUGGAGAAGGUAUGGAUGAGAUGGAGUUUACCGAGGCUGAGAGCAAUAUGAAUGAUUUGGUGUCUGAGUAUCAACAGUACCAGGAUGCGACUGCUGACGAGGAAGGAUAUGAGUAUGAGGAUGAGGAGGAUGAUAUUCAGGAGGAGGCUUGA